CACAGAGACCCUGCCUCUUCUAACACCUAGGCUUUGAUAAAGGCAGCACCGGUCCGCCGUUUGUUCAAACCACCCAGAGCAUCUCUAUCAUCGUUAACAUCUGGUCGUCAUGAAGGCCGCUAACAUCCUCCUGCUCUGCAUGCUGGGAGCCGCUCUGCUGUCCACGGUCCUCUGCAACAGUGCAAGUGGUCCCGACGACUGCUGCUUUCAAUUCUUCAGAAACCCGGUGAACAAAAAUCUCAUCUCUUCAUAUUUCAGGACUGAUUCUCGCUGCCCCAUAAGUGCAGUUGUCUUGAUAACACAGCGGGCACGCCGCAUCUGUGUGGAUUCACAGGAAAAGUGGGUAGAAAAGAUUGUUAAGCAUCUGGAGAAGAAAAUCCUGUAAAGGAUCUGCCUGCUGUUCUGCUUCAUCAGAUCAUGUGAAGAACAAAGUGAACUGGCAAUGUGGUCAUGAUUUUGGUAUUAAAGCUUUUCUAUUUCAAGUAAAGAUUUUGCUUUGAAUAUACCAUAGUUUGUUUUCUAAAAUUUCUUUAAAAAUCUAUCAAUAGUAUCUGGAAUGUUAAUUGUAGUCUGCAUUAUAAUCCCA